GCGGCGCAGGAGCAGAGGCGAAGCACGGCAAGUAUUAUUCCCGGCGUGCACCGUUCCCGGUCGCGUCCCACGGGGGUCCUCCACGUGCGGUGAUUUGUGGAGUGAAGAAAACCAGUAAUUUGUUGUAUUGAAAGCAUAAAUAAUGGAUUCAUCAAAUGUCCCAGCUGUGGGACCAACAAAGAAAGAAAGAAGGAAGAUGCGCCAGGCAGGCAGAGUCCCACACAAGCUCAAAGAGCUUUCUGCAGCUACGAAUGUUUUGAAGAGCAACAAAAAGAAAAAAACAAGCAGGCAGCCAUGGAACAGGCCGAGAGAUGUUGAGGAUGAUCCAUUCCCAGGCGACGUGCCACACUCAGACGCACGGCUGGACAAGUACGACUGGGGCGACGGCCUGGACGUGUCGGCCGUACGGCGCGGGCCGCACCAGCAGCGCGCGCGCCGGCGCGAGCGGCUGGCCGAGCAGGCGCUUCAUCAGAUGGCCACCAGCGAACUGCUGCUGCAGGAGGAGUCCGGGUACCUGGAGGCGGACGAGGGCGAGGACACUGUCGAUAUCUCGCAAGAGGAGAUCGUCGGCGCCGUCGACAUCACGUCGGCGACCAAGCGGUUCGACCUGCGGCUGCGGGAGUUCGGCCCGUACAGCGUCGACUACACGCGGAACGGACGCCACCUGGUGAUGGGCGGCGCGCUCGGCCACGUGGCCGCCUUCGACUGGGUUACCAAGCGGCUCAUGUGUGAGGUUGCCGUCGGAGAGUCCGUACACGAUGUCAAGUGGCUUCACAACGAGAACAUGUUCGCGGUGGCACAGAAGGAGUGGGUGUUUGUGUACGACAGCCAGGGAACGGAGCUGCACUGCCUCAAGAAACUCUACCGCACGCUCAAAAUGGAAUUCCUGCCGUACCACUUUCUGCUGACAACCUGCAGCGAGCGCGGCUACCUCAGCUGGCUGGACGUCAGCACGGGCAAGAUGGUGGCGCAGACGCAGACGCGUAUGGGCAGGCUGGGCGUGAUGUGUCAGAACCCGGCCAGCGCGGUGGUGUGCCUGGGUCACGCGCGCGGCGUCGUCAGCCUGUGGACGCCCGGCCUCUCGGAGCCGGCGGCCAAGGUGCUCUGUCACCCGCACCCGGUGCAGGCGGUGGCCGUCGACCACAGUGGCGUGUACAUGGCUACGGCCAGCGUGGACCGGACGGUCAAGCUGUGGGACUUGCGAACCUACGGCUGCCUGCAGUCGUACCGGCUGGGCGCCGGGGCCAGCCACCUGCAGUGGAGCCAGAAGCACCUGCUGGCCGCCGCCGUCGGCAACACGGUCGAGGUGUACCGGGACUGCGUGUCCACGCCGCCGGACCGACCCUACCUGCGACACCGCAUGUCGGGCAGCGUCAGUGGCUUGCAGUUCUGCCCGUACGAGGACGUGCUGGGCGUCGGACACCGCGACGGCUUCACCAGCAUACUGGUGCCCGGCGCCGGCCAGGCCAACUUCGAUGCGUACGAGAGCAAUCCGUACCAAACGAAGAAGCAGCGUCGCGAGGCCGAGGUCAAGCAGCUGCUGGAGAAGGUCCAGCCGGAGUUGAUCACGCUGGAGCCGGCAGAGCUGGGCCAGGUGGACACGGCCACUCUCCAGGAGAAGGUGGCCGCCAAACAGAAGCUGCUGUACGUGAAGGCGCCCAAGAUCGACUUCCAGCCGCGAAACAAGACCAAGGGGCGCAGCAAGGCCGGCAAGAUGGCCGCCCGCAAGAAGGGCGUCAUCGGUCUGGAGCAGAGGAAAUACCUCAAGGAAGCGAAGAAAGCGUCUCAAAAGCUGGUGAACGCGGAGAAGAAGCCUGCAAAGUCUGCUGCGGUCCAGCGGGCGGUGCUGGACAGGUUCAAGAGGAAGCCCAUGUAAAGCGGUGCUCGUCCAGUCGAAAAAUAUAUCUCUGGAAUGAACG